ACCAAGUGAGCUCUUAGUACAUGUGUGCUGAACAGUCCAGAGUGUCACGAUGACCCGUUGGGCCCUUGUUGCUCCCUUACUGCUCCUGUUCCUCUGCAGUGCUGUUACUCAAGAAACUGAGGAGACUGGUGGAGCGGCAUCACCUCCAUCUCCAGCAUCCAAUGACCUGGAAGAUGAGAACACCGAUUGGGGUCUUAACUCUCUAAGAGGCGGCUUUGAGGCUGCCACUGGCUACUUUGACUCAAUUCUUGAGUUCAUGGGUGGGCGGGAUGGACUUUGCCAGUACCGCUGUCGAUAUGGUAAUGCUCCAAUUCCGCGACCUGGGUACGAGAUGCCUGAGCCUGAUGGGUGCAGCUCGUACUUUUUUGGUAUUCCUGUUCCAGAAGGGAUGGAUAUGGGGAUUCCUGCCAUGACCAAAUGUUGCAAUCAACUGGAUAUGUGUUAUGAUACCUGUGGCUCAAAUAAGUAUCGCUGUGACUCCAAGUUCCGCUGGUGCCUCCACAGCAUCUGCUCAGACCUUAAAAAGAGCCUUGGUUUCGUGUCGAAAGUCGAAGCAUGUGAGACGGUGGCAGACACUUUGUUCAACACAGUGUGGACUCUGGGCUGCCGACCCUAUAUGAACAGCCAGAGAGCCGCUUGCUUCUGCCAAGGAGAAGAGAAAGAUGAACUCUAACAGAAACCGCUUCCUAUUUGUCAUACAAGUGAAGUUCUAUCAAAUGUUUGAAAAGGUGUUGUAAAAGUUUUUUUUGACUGAAAAUAUUUUUUCAAGUUUCAAAGUACUGUUUUGCUCAUGUUUCACCAAUGCGCUGUGAAUUAGUUAAUUAUACUUUUUGGUAGUGUUAACAUAGGCCAUUAGGUGGUAUUCAUUUAAAUUUGACCACCUUUUUAAAUGUUUUGCAUUGUGUUUGUAAGUGAACUGUAUGCUUUCUAAAUCACUUGUGUUGACUGUAUUAAACAUCCAUUUGCUUUAACUUUCAACAA